GUCAUUCAUGUUAGAGACCAUAAGAAUGUCGGUUCCACAUGACUGAACUAAGAUGCAAUUUUUAGGCAUAGGCUAACGUGUAUACCGUAAUUUAAAGGCUAAAAAUAUCUCCUCGACUAAGGGCGGAGGAAUAUAGUUUUUCCCAUGUUUAACAAAGAAAAGUUGGAAAUUUAAGUGAAUUGUGAAAAUAUAACUUGACGUCUGGGUCAACAAUCGAAAAAUGGAUUUCUUUUUCGAUUUGUUUGACUCGGAGAAAAAGAGAAGGGCGAAUACAGACCCCCGGUUAAGGACGGGGAGUGGAGGGGAGCUCCCCCCACUCAGGAGGGAACGGGGGCACCAUGUGCUUAGUUUCAGAAGAUAUGAUAGUAACAGGGAAUCGAACAGGAUCCGGGACGAGCGGAUGCGCCGGGAACUUCAUCGUCUGUAUCUGUGGAACGUCAAAGAAUUUCUGGCCAAAGCCAAGGAAGAAUUCCAGAACAAAUGGGACCAUCCUGGUCAAAACACAUCUUGUCUAGAUGACUUUGACAGAAUUAAGACCCUAGGGACAGGGUCAUUUGGAAGAGUAAUGUUGGUUCAACACAAAGCUAACAAAGACUUCUAUGCCAUGAAGAUACUAGAUAAACAAAAGGUCGUGAAGUUAAAACAAGUUGAACACACUCUGAAUGAGAAGAAAAUUUUACAGGCCAUACAAUUCCCUUUUUUGGUUUCUUUAGAUUUCCAUUUUAAGGAUAAUUCAAAUUUGUACAUGGUGUUAGAGUUUGUGACAGGAGGUGAAAUGUUUUCACAUUUGAGGAGAAUUGGACGGUUUAGUGAGCCGCAUUCCAGGUUCUAUGCUGCACAAAUUGUAUUGGUCUUGGAAUACUUGCAUCAUUUGGAUAUAAUGUACCGCGAUUUAAAACCAGAGAAUUUACUAUUAGAUACCAUGGGCUAUUUAAAGGUUACAGACUUUGGUUUCGCAAAGAAAGUGAAAGGAAGAACAUGGACCCUGUGUGGUACCCCAGAAUACCUCGCUCCAGAAAUCAUUCUCAGCAAGGGUUACAACAAAGCAGUGGAUUGGUGGGCAUUAGGUGUGUUAGUCUAUGAAAUGGCAGCAGGGUAUCCCCCAUUCUUUGCAGAUCAGCCUAUCCAAAUUUAUGAAAAAAUUGUUUCAGGAAAGGUGCGGUUCCCAUCCCAUUUUAGCCAUGAUUUAAAAGAUCUUUUGAGAUAUUUACUCCAAGUUGAUCUGACAAAGCGAUAUGGCAAUUUAAAGAACGGAGUCAAUGACAUCAAAAAUCACAAAUGGUUCUCCGCAACAGAUUGGAUUGCUAUUUAUCAGAAAAAGGUAGAUGCCCCCUUCGUUCCGAGCUGCAAAGGACCUGGGGAUGCUAGCAAUUUUGAUGAUUACGAAGAGGAACCACUCAGAAUUUCUUCCACUGAGAAAUGUGCAAAAGAGUUUGCUGACUUUUGAAUUGGUACAAUUUAGGAUGCUGAAUGUUUAUGAAUGGGAUAUAGGCCAUAAAAAUAUUCGUGGAUCUCUAUCCCACAUGUGCAAUAAACACAUGGUAAAAUGGAAACUGAGAGGGUGUAUGUGAGGAGUGCAUCUCAUGGACACUGUGAUAGUGAGGCUUUCACUCCAUCAGCUGCUUAAAAGGCCAGGCCCUAGUGCUAGGACUAGUCCAGCCAUUAUUUAUUGAUGUUAUAUGUCUUUUAUGUGUAAUUCUCAGAUGGAAUGAUUUUACAACUUACACAAUUUAUUUGUAACCUUGGAAGCUUUAUCUUCAGCAUUUUGUGUACAAGACAUGGACACGAAAUCCUUUUUAUAAUCAUAACGAGUUACACAUUUCAUGUGGUGGAAAUUGUGAGAGUGGAAAAUGACCCUUGAAUAAUAAGCAGGUUCACAGACAUUUGGUAUAGAACAAUAUGAUUGCCAAAAUUGUAUUCAGUAGAUAAUGUUUCAGUGAUGUCAUGUUCAUAUCUAUCUACAAGUGUUUCAUCAGCAUUUUAAGAAGUCGUUCUAAACCUUUUCUUUGGCUUUUUAGAUUUAACCAUUUUUUUAAAUGUAUUUUUUGAAGAUAUUUUAAUACAAACAGUUUGAAGCAAAAUACAUGUACCUUUGAUCUGCCAAUGCUGUAUUAUUAAACCUAUCUUGGAGGUUUUUUGUUUUUGUGAAUUGGAAAUGUUGUCUUUUUAUAUUGCAAUAUUACAUUGAAUGAAAUGUAUGGUUGCUAAAAAAAACAAAACAAUUGUUAUUAGCUUUAUGUUAGAAUGUGUUGCUGUAUGUGUAUAUUUUAAGUUUGCAAUUUCAGUAGUGCAUUUACUGAAAAUCUGCAGAAUAGUAUCUCUAUAUUUAACAUAUAAAAUUUUUGUUUUUAAAGUUUAAAGUAAUUAAAGAUGAGAAAUUUAAUUCCUUUAUCUUUUCUAUGUCCUGUCAAACAUUUCCUUUUCAGUGCUGAGAAAUAAAGACAAACGAUCAAACAUGCAAAUUUAAAUUCUCUACACAUGCAUCCAAAUUUGUGUAGAAGUGAUGUACAUGUACCUGCUGUGUAUGUAUUGGUUUGUUUUAAUAUUGCAGGAUUUGAUCAUUUAUUUGCAUGUUUUACCCCUUACUUUUAAGCUAGACCAUCAUAUUGUAGAUAUGUGUUUGUAGCUGUGACAUUUACAGCGUAUGUAAUUGGUAGAAACCAUAAACACCUUUAUUACUGAAGAAAUUAAAAAUUCUCUUUUUAAGUGAAAUAAGUCUGUAUGUAUUGUGUGUAUUAUUCUAAGGUGGGAAUGUGUCAAACAUUCAAUUCUGAAAAUAUUUUUCAUUGCUAAAUAUAUAAUAAAGAAAAUUGAAACAAGA